AUGAGCGCCCCCCCGGCGCUGCGGCCGCCCAGCCCGCUGCUGCCCGUGGCCGCGGUGGCGGCGGCGGCGGCGGCCGCGCUGGUGCCGGGCUCCGGGCCGGGCCCCGCGCCCUUCCUGGCGCCCGUGGCGGCGGCGCCGGCGGCGGGCAUCUCCUUCCAUCUGCAGAUCGGCCUGAGCCGCGAGCCCGUUCUGCUGCUCCAGGACUCGGCCGGGGACUACAGCCUGGCGCACGUCCGCGAGAUGGCUUGCUCCAUCGUCGACCAGAAGUUCCCCGAGUGUGGUUUCUAUGGAAUGUAUGAUAAGAUCCUGCUGUUUCGCCAUGACCCUACCUCUGAAAACAUCCUCCAGCUGGUGAAAACGGCUAGUGAUAUCCAGGAAGGCGAUCUUAUUGAAGUGGUCUUGUCAGCUUCUGCCACCUUUGAAGACUUUCAGAUCCGCCCCCAUGCCCUCUUUGUUCAUUCGUACAGAGCUCCAGCUUUCUGUGACCACUGUGGAGAAAUGCUGUGGGGGCUGGUCCGUCAAGGCCUCAAAUGUGAAGGAUGUGGUCUGAAUUACCAUAAGAGGUGUGCCUUUAAAAUACCCAACAACUGUAGUGGCGUGAGGCGGAGAAGACUCUCAAACGUUUCCCUCACCGGGCUCAGCACGGCCCGCUCAGUGUCUGCUGAGCUCUCCACCAGCGUCCCCGACGAGCCGCUUCUGCAAAAGUCACCAUCAGAAUCAUUUAUUGGUCGAGAGAAGAGGUCCAAUUCUCAGUCAUACAUCGGACGCCCCAUUCAGCUCGACAAGAUUUUGAUGUCGAAAGUGAAGGUGCCACACACGUUCGUCAUCCACUCGUACACACGGCCCACCGUGUGCCAGUACUGCAAGAAGCUGCUCAAGGGGCUCUUCCGGCAGGGCCUGCAGUGCAAAGAUUGCAGAUUCAACUGUCAUAAACGCUGUGCACCAAAAGUACCCAACAACUGCCUGGGCGAAGUGAGCAUCAAUGGAGAUUUGCUCAGCCCUGGGGCAGAGUCUGACGUGGUCAUGGAAGAAGGGAGUGACGACAAUGACAGUGAGAGGAACAGUGGGCUCAUGGAUGAUAUGGAAGAAGCAAUGGUCCAGGAUGCUGCAAUGGUGAUGGCAGAGUGCCAGAACGACAGUGGGGAAAUGCAGGACCAAGAUCCAGACCAGGAGGACUCCAACAGAACCAUCAGCCCAUCAACAAGCAACAACAUCCCGCUCAUGCGAGUCGUGCAGUCUGUCAAGCACACGAAGCGGAAAGGCAGCACCGUGAUGAAGGAGGGCUGGCUGGUCCACUACACCAGCAAGGACGCACUGCGGAAACGGCACUAUUGGAGAUUGGAUAGCAAAUGUAUAACCCUCUUUCAAAAUGACACUGGAAGCAGGUACUACAAGGAAAUUCCUUUAUCAGAAAUUUUAUCUCUGGGACCAGCAAAACCUUCCGCUUUAAUUCCUAAUGGGGCCAACCCUCACUGCUUUGAGAUCACUACAGCAAAUGUAGUAUAUUACGUGGGAGAAAAUGUGGUCAAUCCUUCCAGCCCAUCACCCAGUGGCAGUGUCCUCACCAGUGGCGUUGGUGCCGAUGUGGCCAGGAUGUGGGAGGUGGCGAUCCAGCACGCCCUCAUGCCCGUCAUUCCCAAGGGCUCGUCCGUAGGUUCCGGAACCAACUCUCACAGAGAUAUUUCUCUGAGUAUUUCAGUAUCAAAUUGCCAGAUUCAAGAAAAUGUGGAUAUCAGCACAGUCUAUCAGAUUUUUCCUGACGAAGUACUGGGCUCAGGGCAGUUUGGAAUUGUUUAUGGAGGAAAACAUCGUAAAACAGGAAGAGAUGUAGCUAUUAAAAUCAUUGACAAAUUAAGAUUUCCAACCAAACAAGAAAGCCAGCUUCGUAAUGAGGUUGCAAUUCUACAGAACCUUCAUCACCCUGGCGUUGUAAAUUUGGAGUGUAUGUUUGAGACGCCUGAAAGAGUGUUUGUUGUUAUGGAAAAACUCCAUGGAGACAUGCUGGAGAUGAUCUUGUCAAGUGAAAAGGGCAGGUUGCCAGAACACAUAACGAAGUUCUUAAUUACGCAGAUACUCGUGGCCUUGAGGCAUCUUCACUUUAAAAAUAUCGUUCACUGUGAUCUCAAACCAGAAAACGUGUUGCUUGCAUCAGCCGACCCUUUCCCUCAGGUGAAACUCUGUGACUUUGGUUUUGCCCGCAUCAUUGGAGAGAAGUCUUUCCGGAGGUCGGUGGUGGGCACUCCUGCUUACCUGGCCCCCGAGGUCCUAAGGAACAAGGGCUACAACCGCUCUCUCGACAUGUGGUCCGUCGGGGUGAUCAUCUACGUCAGCCUGAGCGGCACCUUCCCAUUCAAUGAAGAUGAAGACAUACACGACCAGAUCCAGAAUGCAGCUUUCAUGUACCCACCGAACCCCUGGAAGGAAAUCUCCCACGAAGCCAUUGAUCUUAUCAAUAACUUGCUGCAAGUAAAAAUGAGAAAGCGCUAUAGUGUGGACAAGACCUUGAGUCACCCUUGGCUACAGGAUUAUCAGACCUGGUUAGACUUACGAGAGCUGGAGUGUAAGACCGGGGAACGCUACAUCACCCACGAGAGCGAUGACCUGCGGUGGGAGCAGUACGCAGGCGAGCAGGGGCUGCAGUACCCCCCACACCUGGUAAACCCCUGUGCCCGUCCCGGUGACAGUCCUGAGGCUGAGGAAACGGAGAUGAAAGCCCUCAGCGAGCGUGUCAGCAUCCUCUGA